AGCGUGCGCGUGGUGUGUGUGUGUGCGAAACGGAGAGAGAGAGAGAGAGAGAGAGAGCAAGAUCGUGGUGUGUGUGUGUGCGUGUGUGUGUGUGGAAAAAGGAAGCGGAGCCUGUUAACGGCGAACUCGCUGGUUUCCUACCCCUCGAAACAAGCGCUAUGUUACUUUGCUUGUGGACACUGUCAUCGACAGCAACAACAACACGGCCAAAGGGAAUAGGAGCAGUUUCGAGGGGGGACUCGCUAGCGCUGUAGUGCCUUUGAUCGGGCUCAUUCCGGACGUGAGCAGCCUAUCAGUAAAGUGAAACCGUCUUUUGUUGAAGCAAGUGCUCGCCUGAGUCCCUCCGUGCGGGUGGCGUUUUCUUCUUUCAGUGGGGGGAUACAAAAAAAGAAGAAGAAAAAGUGUCCGUGUUCGCCUCGUUUUUGUCCCGGGUCUUGGAUUAAGUCCAGCUGGCUUGCCUUUUUAAGUUCGGUGGGUCAUCCUGGGCAAGGAUCGCGUUUUGAACUUGUUUGCAGCAGUCUGUGGGACUCCCAAAGAAUCAGCAGACUGGCGGCUUUUCUGAAACACUGGGGUUGUUGGAGUGGCCAAAUUUUCCCUGGAUUUGACUGGUAAAUUCAGAAGACUGAAGCCCAGGCUCACAGUCUACCUUUCACGGAGGCCCAGCCGUGAGAGGACUGAGGAAGGCACGUGGCGGAUCAUGACGGCCGAUAAAGAAAAGGAACGGGAGAAAGAGCGGGACAGGGACAGAGACAGGGACCGGGACAAAAGAGAGGCCGGCAAGUCCCGCCGGCAGGAUGGGGACCGGGGCGACCGUGAAAGCGAAAGCUCUCGGCCCCGGCGCAGCUGUACGCUGGAGGGCGGGGCCAAGAACUAUGCAGAGAGCGAGCACAGCGAUGACGAGGACAACGACAACGGCAGCACCGGCGGAGGCAGCGGCACGGCCGAGGAGGCUGGCAAGAAGGGCAAAAAGAAGAUGCCUAAGAAGAAAUCACGCUACGAGCGCACAGAGAACGGCGAAAUCACGUCCUUCAUUACAGAAGAUGAUGUUGUUUACAGACCCGGAGAUUGUGUGUACAUUGAGAGUCAGCGGCCCAACACUCCCUACUUCAUUUGUAGCAUUCAGGAUUUCAAGCUGAGUAAACGGGACCAUCUGCUGAUGAAUGUGAAAUGGUACUACCGCCAGUCAGAGGUGCCCGACUCCGUCUACCAGCACCUGGUGCAGGAUCGCAACAAUGAGAACGACUCUGGCCGGGAGCUGGUCAUCACGGAUCCAGUGGUCAGGAGUCGAGAACUCUUUAUCUCGGACUACGUGGACACUUAUCACGCUGCUGCUCUCAGGGGGAAAUGCAACAUUUCCCAUUUCUCUGACAUUUUCGCUGCCCGGGAGUUCAAAGCCCGCAUGGACUCCUUUUUCUAUAUCCUUGGAUAUAACCCAGAGACCAGGCGACUAAACAGCACACAGGGGGAAAUCCGAGUGGGACCCAGUCACCAAGCCAAGCUCCCGGAGCUGCAGCCUUUCCCCUCCCCUGGUGGCCAGGCCGUAACCGAGAAUGAGGAGCUGGUCUGGAUGCCAGGGGUCAAUGACUGUGACCUUCUCAUGUACCUCAGAGCUGCAAGGAGCAUGGCUGCCUUCGCAGGGAUGUGUGAUGGAGGCUCAACAGAAGACGGGUGUCUAGCAGCGUCUCGAGAUGACACUACAUUAAACGCACUUAACACUCUUCACGAGAGCAGCUACGACGCCGGCAAGGCUCUGCAGCGUCUGGUGAAAAAGCCGGUACCCAAACUGAUAGAGAAGUGCUGGUCUGAGGAUGAAGUGAAGCGCUUCAUUAAAGGGUUGAGACAGUUCGGCAAAAACUUCUUCAGGAUCCGGAAAGAGCUGCUGCCCAACAAAGAGACGGGAGAGCUGAUUACCUUCUACUACUACUGGAAGAAGACUCCCGAGGCGGCCAGUUGUCGAGCCCACCGCCGACACCGUCGUCAGCCCGUCUUCCGCCGCAUCAAGACACGGACCGCCUCAACUCCCGUCAACACUCCUUCACGCCCGCCGUCGAGCGAGUUCUUGGACCUCAGCUCAGCCAGUGAAGAUGACUUUGACAGUGAAGACAGCGAACAGGAGCUAAAAGGCUACGCCUGCCGCCACUGCUUCACGACCACCUCCAAGGACUGGCACCACGGGGGCCGCGAGAACAUCUUGCUGUGCACCGACUGCCGCAUUCACUUCAAGAAGUACGGUGAGCUGCCCCCCAUCGAGAAGCCCGUGGACCCUCCGCCAUUUAUGUUCAAACCUGUCAAAGAGGAAGAGGAUGGACUCAGCGGGAAGCAUAGCAUGAGGACCCGACGGAACCGAGGCUCGAUGUCGACGCUACGUAGUGGUCGUAAGAAGCAGACAGCCAGUCCCGAUGGCCGAGCCUCACCCACCAACGAGGAUUUGCGCUCUAGCGGACGUACUUCACCCAGCGCAGCCAGCACUGACAGCACCGACAGCAAGACGGACUCCAUGAAGAAGCCGAGCAAAAAGAUUAAAGAGGAAGCUCCUUCACCUAUGAAGAGUGCCAAACGGCAACGGGAGAAAGGAGCUUCAGACACAGAGGAGCCCGAGAGGGCCAACGCCAAAAAGUCCAAGACACAAGAGCUGAGUCGGCCAGACUCGCCUUCAGAAUGCGAGGGAGAAGGAGAGGGAGAGGGCGAGAGCUCUGAUGGGCGGAGCAUCAACGAGGAGCUCAGUAGUGAUCCUAAAGACAUUGAUCAGGACAACCGGAGCUCCUCGCCGAGCAUCCCGAGCCCCCGUGACAAUGAGAGCGACUCGGACUCCUCUGCCCAACAGCAGCAGCUCCUGCAGAGCCAGCACCCUCCAGUCAUCCAGUGUCAACCGGGCACCUCGGCCGCCUCUUCGGCGCCCCCUCCACCCACAACCUCAGCCCCCUCACUGCCUCCGCAGGUUUCCCCUGCCGCAGCCUCCAGCUCUCUACCUCCCCAGCCUCUGCCCCAGGCAAGCCCAAUGUCUCUAAUCCAGUCAGGAGCAUCCCUGCACCCUCAAAGGCUUCCCUCUCCACACUCACCUAUGACUCAGGCUCCGCCUCCUGGCCCCCCAGUUCCGCCUCAGUCAUUACCCAGCCCGCAUCACGGACCCAUGCCUCCCAUGCCUCACCCGUUGCAGCCGGGCCCCUCACACAUGGCUCACCCUCACUCCAUCACCCCUCAGGGAUUCCCUGUGGGUCCGUCUCAGGUCCCGCCCCCGCCGGUCUCUGGCCAAUCACAACAGAGGGCUCACACGCCUCCUUCUCAGUCCCAGUCAUCUUCUCAGAGCGGCGCCCAGCCUCCCAGAGAGCAGCCCUUGCCCCCCGCACCAAUAUCUAUGCCUCACAUCAAGCCCCCGCCAACUACACCCAUCCCUCAGAUACCCAACCCACAGUCUCACAAACACCCGCCCCACGUAUCGGCACCUCCGUUCCCUCAGAUGCCUUCAAACCUGCCUCCGCCUCCUGCCCUCAAGCCUCUCAGCUCUUUAUCCAACCAUCAUCCUCCAUCAGCACAUCCGCCUCCCCUCCAGCUCAUGCCUCAAGGCCAGCAGCUUCAGCCUCCCCCAGCCCAGCCUCCAGUUCUCACCCAGUCACAGAGCCUCCCACCGUCAGCCAGCCACCAACCUCCUCCAGCUCCUCCUCUGCCACCCUCCGCAGCAGCCUCGCAUCCCAGCGGGCCACCUCAGCAACCUUUCUCAUCUCAUCCUUUCAGUACAGUUCUACCUCCAACCGCCCCUCCCCCAUCAUCAUCAAACUCUAUGCCUGGUUUGCAGCCUCCUUCUUCUUCGGCUCCAUCCUCUUCCAUCUCCAUGCCACUUCCUGCCUCUGUCACCUGUGCUGGCCCGGGCACAGCGGUCCCACCCAUGCACAUCAAAGAGGAGCCUUUGGACGAGUCGGAAGAGCCGGAGAGCCCACCACCCCCGCAGAGAAGCCCCUCCCCGGAGCCUACAGUCGUCAAUACGCCCAGCCAUGCCAGCCAAUCAGCACGGUACGUCUGCCGACAGCCUGCGCAAACAACAGAACAUCAAACAUCUGUAAAAGAGAAAAACAUACACCUGCACAGGUGGCUGUUUAUCAGUAGUCUGCCUGUUCUCUUAUCAGGGGAUAAAGCCUCCAGUUCAUCUCACGAAGGCCGAAUGAGCGAACCUCAGAUGGCCGGCCCCGCCCACAUGCGUCCACCCUUCGACGGUCCCCCCACUACUAUUGCAGCUGUGCCUCCCUACAUUGGCCCCGACACACCCGCCCUACGCACCCUCAGCGAGUAUGCCCGGCCCCACGUCAUGUCGCCCACCAAUCGAAACCACCCGUUCUUUGUGUCACUCAACCCCGCAGACCCGCUGCUAGCUUAUCACAUGCCCAGCUUAUACAACGCCGACCCCGCCAUGCGGGAGCGUGAGCUUCGAGAGCGGGAGAUGCGCGAGAGGGAGAUUCGCGAGAGGGAGCUGAGGGAAAGGAUGAAACCUGGUUUUGAGGUCAAGCCUCCAGAGAUGGACACACUCCAUCCUUCCACAAAUCCCAUGGAACACUUUGCUCGCCACGGGGCCAUCACGUUGCCCCCCAUGGCCGGCCCUCACCCUUUCGCCUCCUUUCAUCCCAGCCUGAACCCAUUAGAGCGUGAGCGGCUAGCCCUCGCGGGGCCUCAGCUGCGCCCAGAAAUGAGCUACCCAGAGAGGCUGGCAGCAGAGAGACUCCACGCAGAGAGGAUGGCAACAGUGGCCAAUGACCCCAUCGCUCGUCUGCAGAUGUUCAAUGUCACGCCGCACCACCACCAGCACUCGCAUAUUCACUCCCAUCUUCACCUCCACCAGCAAGAUCCCUUACACCAAGGUUCCGGCGCUCAUCCGCUGGCAGUAGAUCCCCUGGCCGGACCUCACCUGGCACGCUUCCCUUACCCACCCGGCGCCAUCCCCAACCCUCUCCUGGGCCAGCCGCCGCACGAACACGAGAUGCUGCGACACCCAGUUUUUGGUACUCCAUACCCACGGGACCUACCAGCAGGUAUUCCACCAACUAUGUCGGCGGCCCACCAGCUGCAGGCCAUGCACGCCCAGUCGGCCGAGCUCCAGAGGCUAGCCAUGGAGCAGCAGUGGCUGCAUGGGCACCAUCACAUGCACGGAGGACCACUGCCUGGCCAGGAGGACUACUACAGUCGACUGAAGAAGGAGAGCGACAAGCAGCUGUAACGAGCCGAGGGAGGCGGCGACUGACAGGUGCAGGACACAGGAAGUUGUUACAGAGCAGUCUCAAAGAGGCUCUUCAGGAUCCUCUGAACACUUUCAGUUUUGACGAACAGAAAAAGCCAAGUGAAUCGUCUGAGAUUUCUCCUGAGAUUUCUGUUUUCGUUCAUGUCGAGGACCUUUUUUUCUUUUCUUUUCUUUUAAUUAUUAUUUUCCAAGACAUUGACUUUCUUUGGUAUAUAGCCAGUAGUGACAACAUCCUCAAGACUCCUGCAUGACAAGCUUCCCUGAUGUUUUUUUUUUUUUGUAGGUGCUAGAACAAGACACUGUGCUUAUUACAAAACAAACAAACAAACAAAAAAAAAAAA